AUGGGUUCCCGCUGUGCCAAGCUCGGCACAGGCCACGGCCGGGGCCACGAGUCCUCCAUGAAGAAGCUUGUGGCCUGCGUGAGCCAGGAUAACUUCUCCCUGUCGUCUGAGGGCGAGGAAGAGGAGGAGGGAGAGGGAGAGGAGGAGGAGGAGGAGGAGGAGGAGGAGGAGGAGGAGGAAGAGGAGGAGGAGCUCCCCGUGCAGGGCAAGCUGCUGCUGAUGGAGCCCGAGCGGCAGGAUGGCGCCGAAGACGACCCAGAGGCCGCAGAGCCCCAGCAGAGCCCCGAGCCCAAGCAGACGCACGCCUGA